UACUAGGGCCAGGGCUCAUGAAGCAAAGAAUCAGUAACUUCAAGAGUGAAGCGCGUGCACGUGUGCACAUGCCACGUGUCAAAUCUGAGAACCACACACUGGCAACUGCUACUGUAUCUGUCAGGGCACAAAAGUGUUCACCUUUAGAAUCUCUUUGAUCACAAACUUUUUCUUCUGUUAAGCUAUCCAUUUGUGUUUAUGUUUGAUUUUGGAAUUCUCCUUUUUUUCUCUUUAUCACACCCGUGAGACUGCACAAGUGACAGGUAGUGACAAACAUGGAUGCAUGCAUGCUAACACAAUUCCACUUUCUCUCUGUACAAAUCUUACCCUCUAUAAAACCGUCUUCACACACAACUCAAGUUUCACUGAGCUACUCGAUCGAUCAUUCUUUUUGCACCACAAUUUGCUUACAUACACUAGUCACAUAUUGCACGUCAACUCCAUUGCCUUUGCAUGGUUAGAGAAACUUCCCGAACUCACAAAGUUUGAGGAAAAAACACACUCAUAUAAUCAGAAACAACUUAGAAGCAUUUUGUGGUCAUUGGCACAUACACAAGAGUGAAAAAUUCAAGAACUUUAAACCCUCAUGGAUCUCAUUCGUGUCUUUUUCACUCUAUGCAUCACUGUGAUACUUUUGAACCAUAAUUUUGGAAAUGUGGUGGGAAGAUACCACCAUCAUACUAAGCAGAAGAAAGUUUCCACUGCUCCUGCUGAUUCUUCAACUGAGCCAGAGAAACCUUCAGUUCCACCCCCUUCUGAUUCUCCAAGUGUUCCUUCUGACCCUUCGGCAUCACCACCUUCUAAUUCUCCAAGUGUUCCUUCUGACCCUUAUCCGAAAGAUAACCAAACUUCCUCUUCUGACUGUGUUUUCGAUGUGAGAUCCUUUGGGGCAGUUGGAGAUGGCUGUGCUGAUGACACACGUGCAUUCAGGGCAGCAUGGAAAGCAGCAUGUGCUGUGGACUCCGGGGUUGUUCUUGCUCCAGAAAACUACAUCUUUAAGAUCUCUUCAACUAUUUUUUCAGGUCCAUGCAAACCAGGAUUGGUAUUCCAAGUGGAUGGAACACUAAUGGCACCAGACGGGCCAAAUUCGUGGCCAGAAGCAGAUAGCCGCAAUCAAUGGCUUGUAUUUUAUCGACUUGACCAAAUGACUCUUAAUGGUACAGGAACCAUAGAAGGGAAUGGAGACAAAUGGUGGGAUCUCCCCUGCAAACCUCACAGGGGUCCCAGUGGAAAAACUUUGUCAGGGCCAUGUGGCAGUCCUGCUAUGAUACGGUUCUUCAUGAGCUCCAAUUUGAAGGUGAAUGGGUUGAAAAUUCAAAACAGUCCUCAGUUCCACAUGAUAUUCAAUGGCUGCCAAGGAGUACUGAUCGAUAAGCUCUCCAUUUCUUCACCAAAACUCAGCCCCAACACCGAUGGAAUCCAUGUAGAGAAUUCCAAAUAUGUUGGGAUAUAUAACUCCAUGAUAAGCAAUGGUGACGAUUGCAUUUCAAUCGGACCCGGGUCCUCAAACGUGGACAUUGCUGGUUUAACUUGUGGUCCUAGCCACGGGAUUAGCAUAGGAAGCCUUGGAGUGCACAAUUCCCAGGCAUGUGUGUCCAACUUAACAGUCCGUGACAGCAUCAUAAGGGAAUCAGACAACGGGCUCAGAAUCAAGACAUGGCAAGGUGGAAUGGGAUCAGUGUCAAGUCUGAGAUUCGAAAACAUCCAGAUGGAGAACGUUGGAAAUUGCAUCAUAAUAGACCAAUACUACUGUAUGUCAAAGGAAUGUCUAAACCAGACUUCAGCUGUGCAUGUGAAUGAUGUGUCCUACAGCAACAUAAAGGGCACCUAUGAUGUGAGAACUGCUCCUAUUCACUUUGCUUGCAGUGACACUGUUGCCUGCACAAACAUAACACUCUCUGAGGUUGAGCUUUUGCCAUUCGAAGGAGCAUUGCUGGAUGACCCUUUUUGCUGGAAUGCUUAUGGGACACAAGAGACCUUGACUAUACCUCCAAUUAAUUGCUUAAGGGAAGGUGACCCUGAGACAGUGGGCGAUCUUUCAGAAUAUCAAUGCAGUUAAUUAAACAUCUUGCAUUAAAUUUGGUGCCAUAUAGAUAGAAAUAGAAGAUAUAUUAUAUACUAUCAUAUAUACUACACGUAUAGAGUCUAGAUAUGUAUCCAUUAUUAUGUGUUGAUCAUUGCGGUCCUCUAUAUUUAUCUCUUAGGAUUCGUCCCUAUUUGGGUGUAUUAUUCCCAUAUUGUGCGAUGAGAUGCAGAAAUCAGUCUCUUUUUUGGGCCUACACUGUAAUAACUUGAUUGAACAUUUAUAUAUUUAUAUGGCUAAAAUUAUAUGCGAUUUUUGUCGCUAAAUUUCUUUUUUU